UCACUAUCGCCUUCUUCUUCUUCAUCUUCUCCAUAAAUAAAUUCAAAUCCGCACCUUCCCCUUUUUUUUCUUCCAAUUAUACCCUUUUCCGAUUUUCACAAAAUCUUCUCUCACAUUUUCUCCAUUUGAUUUGAUUUUGCUCGGCGUAUUUUCCUUCUGCGCAUGGCUGCUGCUGAUCUCUCUGUCAUCCUGCCUCGCGUUCUCAUCGUCUCCAGACGCAGCGUUCGUAAAAACAAGUUCGUCGAUUUCGUCGGGGAAUACCAUCUAGAUCUGAUAGUGAGCUAUGGCGCGGUUCCGGUGAUCGUGCCGCGAGUGACGGGGGUGAACAUGCUUCUGGAGAGCUUCGAGCCCAUCCAUGGCGUCCUCCUCUGCGAAGGCGAGGACAUCGAUCCCUCUCACUACGAAGCCGACGCAUCCAACCUCUCCCCGGAGGAAUUGGAGGAAAUCCGGAGACUACACACCAGCGACACCGCAAUUGACAAAGAGAAGGACGCAAUCGAGCUCGGAUUAGCCAAGCUCUGCCUCGAGAGGAACAUUCCCUACUUGGGAAUCUGCAGGGGAUCUCAGAUCCUCAACGUGGCCUGCGGCGGCACCUUGUAUCAAGACAUUGGGAAGGAGGUGUCGAGAAAUGUGGCGCAGGAUGAGAGGGUUGUGCACAUGGACUAUGACAACUACGAUGGCCACCGCCAUCCGGUGAGGAUCGUGGACGGAACCCCUCUGCAUCAAUGGUUUAAUGACUCUUUGGAUGGUGAGAAGGAGAUUUGGGUGAAUAGCUACCACCAUCAAGGGGUGAAGAAGCUGGCGCAGAGGUUUGUGCCGAUGGCGUUUGCUCCGGAUGGCUUGAUCGAAGGGUUUUACGAUCCGGAUGCUUAUAAUCCGGAGGAUGGGAAGUUUAUAAUGGGGCUGCAGUUUCAUCCCGAGAGGAUGAGGAAGCCGGAUUCCGAUGAAUUCGACUACCCUGGCUGCCCUUUUGCUUAUAAGGAGUUUGCGAAGGCGGUUUUGGCUUAUCAGAAGAAGCUGAAUAGCAUGACAAGUGCUCCUAAGCUUGAUGUGGAGAUGGAGAAGAAAAGGAACAUUAUUGUGAGGAGCUUUUCACUUGCAAGGAACUUAUAUCAAGGUGGGGGUGGGGCCAAGGAAUCAGACCUCGAGGCGGGAGCAGAGUUUCUUGAGUCGAAUAGGGCGUUGAGCGUGCAGCAGGAGACGAGGCUGAAGCAGAUGGGGGCGACGGUGAGGAAUGCAUCGUCGUACUUGGAGAGGCUGAGGCUGAGCGAGGAGAGGGAGAAGCAGGCUCGGAAUGUGAUAGGGAAGAUGUCGGUGGAGCAGUUGUCGGAUCUGACGGCGUUCUACCAUAUGAUGGGGAAGAUAUGCUCGGAGGUGUUGGAGACGAAGGUGCAGGGCAUUGUCAACUUGUGAUGUUGCUAUUUGUAUAUUGUGUUGGUGGGGAGACACACGGGUAUCAUGCAUGGGGUUGGGUUGAGUUUGCCUUCUCACUUUUGUUCACAUCAUUGUUAGAAUCCAAGUUGCAGUUUGGUAAUGAAAAUUCACUUUUCACUUUUCA